UCAUACGAACAGUUGCCUGACUAGUUACUUGACGAGUUGGGAUAACUUUUCGGUCAAACGUGUGCAAACUCACAAAAGGCUGCCUAUCUAAAUCUCCGCGAACAUCAUAGACUCGUUUCAGGCGAUACGAUUGUUUGAUUUUUUUCUAGGAUUAAGCAUGAACCAUGCUACAGCAUCUUCAUUGAAAUUGGCUGUUUUGAUUAAAGCAAAUCAAGAAAAGCUUAGAUUGCAACUAUACUUUUAGUGUAAUGAUGGACAAUGCUGCACCAGGGCUUCUAGUGCACGUUUUUAAUGGAGAAAGAAUCGAGAUGAUGUGGCAGCGAGCACAUGUGAGAUGAGAUGAGACAAAUUAAAAAUGUUAGAUCGGCAUUUGCACCGAACAACUCCAGUGUUCCUCGGUGUUCAGUCGUCAUAUCAUGGCUCUGAGAUCACUCAUGAAGAUCUGUGUCAAGAGGCGGUCUGUGGUGACUUUCUUGGCUCUCUUCACCCUGUCUGUGGUCUUAAUCAACACCAUUCCCCUGUUUCCCACGGAGACAAUGACACUUCCCCCACGAGACCUGAAAGUGAGCACCAGCAAGAGGCUUCCUGAGGGAGCACAAACCACUCUGCUCGAUCUCCCUCCACCUCACAGUGGGGCCUGGAAACUCAAAAGUUUAGAGAACAAUGCUAAGCACAAAUUUAUGACUCAUCACCAAAGACACAGAGACGUUGGUGUAAGCAAAAAUAUUGCAAAUGAAAUACAUUUGGAUUAUUUCAUUAAACUCAGGCAUAGAAAAGAGUUAGCUCCAGCAAAGACCAAAGGGAAGCUCUCAAAAAGAGAAAAAACUCCUUCCCUUCACUCAAACUUUUUAGAGAAUAAGCUAUUCAGUGGGAGCAGUGCUAUCCCCUUCAAACAGCCACUAUCACAUUCUGUAAAAGCACCUGCCAUCUCCCAGACUGCUAAAACACCAGACAACUCUAACGGCACAAAGCCAUGUAAGCAGAAAUGCAUCCAGGGUGGAGGUGGCCAUGAGAGUGUGGCAGUGGGAGAGGCUGAGAAGACCCAGCAGACGGUCAGAGAGGUCUCAGGAGAAGAGACUGCACAUGAACAAAAUCCUGAAGGCUUCUGGAAGAGGAGGUCACAUUCUUUGGCUGGAAAAGAGAGCAUACUGAGAGACCAGAUGCGAGGAGAGAAGUCGGAUCUGUGCCAGAUAUCUCAUGACAAAUGGAACGAGAGCACACCUGAGUCCCUUCCCUGGUUAAGUGCAGAUGAUGUGAAGAAGAUGGCCCUCCUCUCAGGUGGCGUAGUCCUCAGCAAGGCCAGGAUUCCAGGACAUGGUCAGGUACUUCAGGUUGGCCUGGGGGCCGGAGAGACAGCGGCCGUGCCGGACCACAGGCAGCACUGUCAGUCAGGAUCAUGUGCUCUAAUCAAGCGGCCCAGUGAUUGGUUUGAGGUGCUGGCUUUUCACCUGGACAGGGUACUGGAACUGAACAGAAGCCUUCCCUCCAUGCUCAGGAACUUCAAAAGCAAACUGCUACCAUACAGGUAUAUCAGUGGUACCUCUAGACCAGUUGUGUGGUGGGAUCCUGACAUUCAACACCUGGCGGAGGUGGACAAUGACCAAAACUCCUUCUCCCUCUCCUGGCCACUGUACCAGAAGGUUCUGCAGAGCAGGUGUGGGGCCCGCGUGUCCCUGAAUGCCACACCAUGUGUGGGGGUACACCACUCUGAAUGGGGCCGCCUGGCACUGUUUGACUUCUUGCUGCAGGUGAAUGACCGUUUGGACCGCUACUGCUGUGGAUUCAGACCAGACCCCUCGGAUGUCUGCCUGGAGAAUAUGUUGCAUGUUAAAUGCAAAAGCCCUAAUGACCUUCUUCUUGUACAUAUCCUGGUGAGGAAGGCUGAUCCCUCCAGGCUGGUAUUUAUAGACAAUGCAGGUCGGCCACAUCACCCUCAUGACAACCUCAACUUUCGAUUAGUGGAGGGCAUUGAUGAGUUCCCUGAGCGAGCUGUGAGCAUCCUGCAGUCAGGCUGUCUGGAGAACAUGCUCCUGAGGUCUCUGUCUGCGGACCGGGUGCUGUGGGAGAGCAGAGGAGGAGCAGAGGGCCUGAGGCCCAUCAUCCGCACCAUUCAGCAGCGAGGGACAAUCCUGCUGCAGCACAUCCACAACAGGAGACUGAGACUCAACAAGGAUCUGUGACAGUGGUCAUGAGCAACAUGCAUGGUCUUUCCAAGGGCAGCCUUACACCAGAAUGUAUCCAGGCAUAAGAGAGCUAAGGAAUAGGUGCACACAGAGGUGAAUAGAAGACGCCAGGGGAGCAGGGAUUGUGUAAGCUGCUACAAAGUCAUCAGGGAUCUGCUAUAGCACACAGUGCUACCGACACCUAGGAAGCCUGUUACAGUUUUUCUCAGUCGCUUUGGUGCUUUUUGCAGAUCAGAAUGAAAAUUCUCAUAACUAUUAGUUCAACCUCCACAACAUUUAGUCAUUUGUGCACAUCAUAGUAGCAAAUUCU